AUCACAGGUCAAAAGAACAACAAUGAAAAAGCACUUUGUGUAUAUAGUAUUUAUUUAGAAAUGUAAAUGUCAUUUCUCCCAGUAGAAUUUCAGGUCCUUGAGGUCAGAAAUGCGAUUUUGUUUUAUCUUUGUAGCUCCACCAUGUAGCAGAGUGCUUGACAUUUAGUCAUAAUGACUGACUGCUAUUUUUUGGAUAUUCCAUUUUGUGCCCGAGUUUAAUUUUGGAUCCUUUGAGAGAAUUAAAAUGGUCACUACUGCUUAAAGACUUCUGUGGGUAUCUCUAAGUAUUGUUGUGAGGCUCAAAUGAGAUAUUUAUAAACUUAGCACAAUGUCUAGCACGUAGUUGGCAAUAUAAAAAUGAUUAUUCCUUUCCUUUCCCCUACUGGCUGUGGGAGAUCAAACCAGGAUUUUUGAUGCUGCGCCCCCUCUGGUGGCCAGCAAUUAUGCUGCAGUCUCUUAAAUUUUUUUUUAAAUUUUUGUUUGUUUUUCCUGCACUUGAAAAAGUGAUUUACACAGCUGGGCUCUUGUUUCAAAUAUAGAUGGACACCUGCUGGCCGAUUCAGUCAAUUUAUCAAUCAACAAGCAUUUAUUGAGCACUUAUAUGCCAAGAACUGUGUUAAAAUAUUAUACUCACUCACAGGAAAAUGGAGUGACAUUGUCCUUACAGGCUUACAUAAGGCAUCAUUGACCAAUAGAACCAAAGGAUAUCAAUGUUACAUAAGGUACUGGGAUUAUAGAAAUCUAGGCUUCCAUACUAUGACCCCAAUCCUUUCUGGCACCACGGCUUCCUGAGACCUCAUCCACCCUCCCCCUAACCUUCAAGGUGGAAUACUUUCGGGCUCUAGAACCCAAGAAUAAAGAGACUAGAGUUCAAGUUGACAGAAUAUUCCAAAGUGCCUCCCUCCACAGAAAAGUAGUGUCUUAUAUUCUAAACAAGGUUCUCAUUCUGGUCUUCAUGUGGGUCCUAAUGCUUGGCUAUCUUUUCUUAAGCACCUCCCAAGCCUGUAUCUUCUGCCGCCUCCCUUCUAGAGACCUUUCUGCACGCCUGGCUCAUCUCUGUGAACAGAUAAGUUCAGAAUGGGGAGACUGUAAAACCAGCUGGAACUUCUCAACCUUUGCCUUAGAUGAAGUAUCCAUGGAUAGAAUUACAGAAAAAACACACAGAGUCAUGACAGUCCUUGAAAUCAAAGGUUAUCUGUUUUCCCUUCCCACCUAUUGGCAAUGGCUUCAGAAAUCUAAACUUCCUGAAUAUAUGAGGCAAGCUCUGUGCCCUCCUGCCUGCCGUGGAAGGACUACCCUGUACAACUGCUCCACAUGCAAAGCUGUUGAGGUUCAUUGCUGGGCUCUCAAGCGUUGUAACCCAGGAAAACAGGACCUAAGGGAAGCCAAAAUUCUGCUCCUGUUUUUUUCAGCUGCCUCAUUAAUUAUAGGUUUCAUCAGCUGUAUAAUAGAAUCCAGAUCUCUCCUUGCAGAGCGACACUCUUGAAGAGAUUCCAAGACCUUCCCCCCAAUUUCCACCUUCAAAGUCUUCCUGUUGACUCGGUUCUGGCAAUUCACAGCAAGCAUUCAGCACUCCCAACCUCCAAGGACCACUCACAUACCUAACUUCCCACCACAAAUACCACCACCACCACACUAGUCAGUGACUCAAAUAAAUAUAGAUGGAAUUAGAACCCCCCAUACUAUGCCACCAGAUCCUCUUUCAUCUAGACCCUGAAAAAUCAACUGGAAACAUUGGCCCUGUGGUUAUCUCCAGACUUUUUUUUUCUCAUCAGCUGUGGAUUUUGUGGAUUCUCAGAGAGUCAACCUUCUUUGAAAAUUCAAUCAUUUUUGGAAAAAUCUCCCUGCCACAUUAGAAAAUCCAUGUUGGAGGUGACAUUAUCUUGUUUUAAAACUAACGAGGUAUGUUUAAUUAUGGGUGUUUGUAUAUUCAUGUACAUUCCGACUCAGGGUAAGACACCCCUCAUCUUCCCUGGCAUUUUUCCUAUUGUCAUUAAAUAGCUUUAUUUUAAUCCCUUCA